AUGAGUUGGGGAGAUGAGCUCUCAACAGAAAAAGCAUCCUCAAGAUUGGAAGGAAUUAAGUCGUCUCCAUUCUCUGCUUUACCUAGCGGGAAAAGAUUUAAGGCGGCGGAGGCAUCGUCUUCAUCAACGAAUGAUUUACCGGCAGUGAAUGAUCUGGUAAGUGAGGCUGUGGCGAAGGAAUUAGCGAGGGAUGAGGUUCGAUUCGUUGAUCUGACUGACGGUGGUGGUGCGAAGAAGUCGGAUGUGGAGAAAUCGCCAGAGGCGACGGUGGAAGAUGUAGGUGUUUCUGUAACUGACACGGAGAAAGCAAAAUUGAAUGAGUCAACAGCGAAUCGAGGAAAGAAGGGGCAACUGAAAUCGCAAACUGGGGAUGCAUGGGGGAAACUUCUUUCUCGGUCCUCACAGACGCCUUUCCCUGAUGAAAUUCCCACAAGCACUUCAUUGGUCAAAUUUGAAGAGCAGGAUCCCUGCAGAAAUCCCGAGCCACUUGAACUAGAAAGUGAUUCUCUUUCACGAUCACCUUCCUUCCAACUGUGCCGCAACCUGGUCUCUUCGGAAACCUCAUGCCCUUCGAAGAAACCGGUAGUGGCUACUGUUGCUCUGUCUGUUCCUACACGGUCACUGGAGCUGGUUACACCGGCUGAUAAGCGGACGAAGCAGACGGGUCUAGAGUGA